AAGUGGUCAUUAUAUAGGGUUUCCGCCUCCGGCAGACAUAUUGCCGAACUUACCAGAGCAAAAUUAUUCACCAUAAAGCGAGGGAAAAGGAUUUAAAACUUGAUUUAUAUUUUUCUAGACCGCACCAUACACCUCAACAACAGAGCGCACGAUGGAGCCGUCAGCCAGUCCGGCCAAGGAUACGUCCCGGAUGAACCGCUACAAGAACAAGGCGCUCAACCCCGAGGAGAUGCGGCGCAGGCGAGAGGAUGAGGUCAUCCAACUCAGGAAGCAAAAACGAGAGCAGCAGCUCUUCAAAAGGAGGAACGUGGACGUCCUCACUGAAGAGGAGGCCAUGUUGGAGAGCCCCCUUGUUGACUCGCUCAUCAAUUUACCAGCAACUGAAGGUGUUAUCACCAGAGACAUGGUCGAAAUGCUUUUCUCAGAGGACCCGGAAUUUCAGCUCGCCACGACACAAAAGUUUAGGAAGCUUCUCUCUAAAGAGCCCAACCCUCCUAUUAAUGAAGUUAUAAACACAGCUGGAGUAGUUCAGAGGUUUGUGGAGUUCCUAAAGAGGAAGGACAACUGUACGCUACAGUUUGAAGCUGCCUGGGCUCUCACCAACAUCGCUUCAGGCACCCCCAUGCAGACCAAGACUGUCAUUGAAGCUGGAGCUGUGCCCAUUUUCAUAGAGCUACUUAAUUCUGACUUUGAGGAUGUGCAGGAGCAGGCUGUUUGGGCGCUGGGCAAUAUAGCAGGGGACAGUGCUGUGUGCAGGGAUUAUGUGCUCAACUGUAACAUCCUUCCACCUCUAUUAAUGCUCCUGACUAAAUCCACAAGACUGACCAUGACCAGGAACGCUGUGUGGGCUCUGUCUAAUCUCUGCAGAGGAAAAAACCCUCCGCCUGCCUUUGAAAAGGUGUCGCCCUGUCUCCCGGUACUCUCCAGACUUUUAUUUAGCAGUGACCCAGACUUGCUGGCAGAUGCAUGCUGGGCGCUCUCUUACCUGUCAGACGGCCCCAAUGACAAAAUCCAGGCUGUCAUUGACUCCGGGGUCUGCAGGCGCCUCAUAGAGCUGCUCAUGCACGUAGACUAUAAGGUGGCCUCUCCUGCCUUGAGAGCGGUGGGCAACAUCGUGACAGGAGAUGACAUCCAGACACAGGUGGUGUUGAACUGCUCCGCCCUGCCUUGUCUGCUGCACUUGCUCAGCAGCGCCAGAGAGUCCAUCCGCAAAGAAGCCUGCUGGACCAUCUCCAACAUCACAGCAGGGAACCGAGCACAGAUACAGACAGUUAUUGAUGCAAACAUCUUCCCAGUGCUGAUUGAAAUCCUACAAAAAGCCGAGUUCAGGACCAGGAAAGAGGCUGCCUGGGCAAUCUCCAAUGCCACUUCUGGAGGAACACCAGAACAGAUCAGGUAUCUGGUUAACCUAAACUGUAUCAAACCGCUCUGUGAUCUGCUCACCGUGAUGGACUCCAAGAUUGUUCAGGUGGCCCUUAACGGCCUGGAGAACAUUCUGCGGCUGGGCGAGCAGGAGGCCAAACAGGAGAACAACGGCACGGGAGUCAAUCCGUACUGCAACCACAUCGAAGAAGCUUACGGUCUGGACAAGAUAGAGUUCCUCCAGAGCCACGAGAACCAGGAGAUCUACCAAAAGGCCUUUGACCUCAUUGAGCACUACUUCGGCGUGGAAGACGAAGACAGCAGUCUGGCGCCUCAGGUGGACCAGGCCAACCAGCAGUUCCUGUUCCCGCAGCAGGAGGCACCCAUGGAGGGCUUUCAACUCUAAAGGAUAAGAUUUGUCCAAUUUGAUUGGGGAGGAAGAGUAGCGAUUUCUAGAUGUCAUACCUCUGUUCUCUAUCGCUGAUCUGAGACCACCUGUACCCCGACUUACAGCGCACACACACACAUCUUGCUGCCACUGUUUUUUUGUUUUGUUUUUUUGGGGUGGCGGGGGUCUGUUAGUGGCAGUAAUGAUAAGAAAUAUUUGUAGGCAUUUUGAUGGGUUUCUUUUCCAAAUAGGACAUUCCUACUUUGAGGAAAGACACUUUCCUCACCUUCUGGAUAACGGCCUGACUUAGUGCAAUUUUGCAAAUGUACUUUAAAGCUCCCUUUUUACCUUCUACCCUAAACACUUACUGGGUUUUAGGUCACUUUUCUUUUAUGGAAAGCACUUGUAGGAGAGGCUGACGUCCUUAAGGGAGGGAUCAAAAUCUACGCAAACUGACAUGACUUUGUUUUCAUCAGGAUAUUUUUUUGUGUGGGAGGAAAAUGUAGCUUAAAUCUGCUAUUGGGGGUCUUUGUGGGCAAGGUUUACAAGAUCUAGAAAUGUCAGGGGUGGUUUAGUUAGGUAGCGAUCAAAUGCUCGUGGUGUGUUGUGUUACUAAUAAGAGUACAUUUGAGAUAGGAGGUGAUCUAACAAGGCAGAAGGAAAGAGGGGGCAGCAGUAGGAACUAUGUAGAUUUACAGAGGAAGGAUACCAGAUUAGUCAGUGCGAACACGAUGCCCCCUUCCUGUCUGCAUGUAGUCGCAUGGUGUUUUGUCGCACGCCGCCUCUGCACAUCCUCAGCCACGGAACAGGAAGCGAGUGUCUGGCUGUUAACUACUCAUAGUGUAGUGAUGGUGUUAUAUACUACAGUGCUAGUGGAUGAAUACCAUUCAGACUAUUUUCAUGUUAUCAACCAACGGGACCUCUUCCGGCCUGGUGGUGGGAGAUGCCAGCAGACAGCGGUGAUUCAAAAAUGUAAUUUCAAUAGGGUAAUAUUAUUUGCGUUGAUAUUCAUGUAUUUGUUUGCACACAAACACACACACACACUUGCAUACAACACCUGCACACGUCACACUGAUGAGUGGCUACUAGCAAGAUCAUUUAUGUACGGAAACCCGAAAACGUUUUCCGUCUUUAUUUAAACUAAAGUUUGUAAAUUUGCUUUUUUUUCUCUCUUCUCGACAAACAUUCAAAAUGUAUUCAAAGUGCAAAAAAAUCUUUAGUACCACAAAAUUGCGAUGGUGUAAUAAAACAAUGCUAUAUAAUGCACAAGUGAUGAGAAUAAAGUUGUAAUUUUGCAAGAAAAAAAGGUUGUGAUUUUACACAAAUUAAAGAUGCGAAUAUAAAAGUCACAAUUUUUUACUACAAAAAGGUAAAUUUUGCAAGAUUAAGCGGUAAAAUGAAAAAGUUACACUUGGGUAAAUCUCACACAAACAAAGCAAUGCUGGUCCCAGAGUGUUGCGUGCAAGUCUUUACCUCAAAUGGAAAUUUUAAAACUUUUUUUGUUAUUCUGAAGCACAACAAUAUUCUCUAACAUGACUUUAUUCUUGUAAGAUUUGAUAAUAAAAGAAAAAGUGUAAUUCAACUUAAUUUUCCAGACCUUCAUACUAAGGAUGAGAUAUUUUCUUCUGAAAAACUUUUUUUUGGGGUCAUUGCUUAUAGCCUCUAUGAUUUAGGAUUAUUGGGGUGAGUGCGGACGCACUAAAACGGAGCGUUAGUUUGGUCGCGUGACGUUUGAUGACUAAGUAGCACCGAGUGAGGACAGGCUUGUUUGCUUGACUGCGUGACUUUGUCCCCCGUCAGAGUCCAGGUAGCCUCGUAUGUUUUGUGGAGGACUUUUAGGUGGUCCCCGUUAGAAAAAUCACUCUGUUUAAAUGUUCUCCACAGAACACUUGCGCUCCUAGAAGACCUCCAUCAAUAACGUUAAUAGCCUAUCAACAGCGUCCCCACAUGACAAAUGUGCUCGAGCAGGAUUUAUCAAGAAAGGCUUUGAUUUUGUGGAAAAAUCGUGACGUUGAAAUAGUUUUUCUUCAAAACUGCACUCUUCUAUUCACAAAAGUGCCAAUCUGACCAACAAAGACUGGAGGUUCUUAUGUAUCUGUCUUGGACCUAUAGGUUUAUUUUCCUUUAUAGAUAUAUCUUUUAUUUACUUGAAUUGUGCACACGUACUGUGCAAAAAAAAAGAAAAAAAAAUUGCUGCUCUAUUUUCUUUACCUUUUUUUUUUUUUUUUUUUUUUGAAGUUACAUUAUUUU